UUAAACGUGCUUUCUUGAUGUUCCUCUGCUCAAAACACUUUAAAGAUUUACAUUUCUGAAUGAGAAAAAGGUACCUCUGAAAGGUAUUCUUUGAAUCUUUCCCCCUUCUGAACCGAUCUGAAGUCAUCACGAGAAGGAGGUGAUUUGCGACUUAUAAGAGAAAGCUCUUCUAAAAUGUCAUUUGGGAAAAAGAAGCAAAUCUUCUCGCUGCUAAAGUGGAGAAAAGGCAAGAAACAGAAAAAUGAAAAACAGCAAAAUAAGGUUCCAGACGAUCUAGACUGUGGUUCCAAUCAGUUUAAACAAGAACCUUCAUUGUUUGGGAAAAGCCGAUCAGAAGAUUCAGGUCUGGAUUUAUCAAACUCCAGUUGUCUUUAUCUGAAGAGAGUGUCCUCUGAUACACGAGAGAACAAUUCCAUCCACAGCAGACACACAUCAAACAGCUCCAGCCUCUACUCGUACCUGUCCUGUGACAGUAGGCCAGGACUCUUCCCAAGAUCUUUCAGCUUUGCUGCUCUCUCGGGCACAGAGAAUGAAGCUAAAGCAAUAGAAUCACCAAUGGAGGACAAUGUAUUUGGGCUGAAUAAUAUCACACAAACGCUGAACGUAUCAUAUAACCUGGAAGAGCUGACAGAACUCACAAAGUCUGAUCUUACUGUCUCAGCUGUUUCCAAGAAUGUGACUGAAAAAGACAAAGAAAAUGGUCAUGAAAUAAUCGCUAACAACUGGCGCCAUACACAGCUCAGGGAAAACAGUAUGGAAAAUAAGAUUAUGUCCAGUGGUAUCAGCAAUCAAAUGCGAAUAGGAAUGCUGUAUAGGCUCUGUAGUUUGAUGGAAAAGAUUACUGAGCUUGAAAGGGAUCGACUGGAGCUUCAGAGGAGAAACCAGGAACUCAAGGACCAACUAACUCAAAGUCAACAGGCACAAAUUAUAUUUCUCAGUUGCUGUACCUGUGAUGCAAGGGCUGGACUGAAUACUUCUCCCACUGCAACACAACAGACCACUAGUGACAUUGAAAAUCUCUGCAACAGAGACAAUGAGGACUCAAGAAUCUUCAGAAGCCAGUGCCAGAUUUGAGGUCAUUCACUCCUGUCGCUAACUUUCACUCCGGAAGUACUGACUGUUGGAUCGAUUGAUGAGUUACAUCUGUGUGUUAGCAAAGUGUGAGCAUCACAUCUCCUCCUAGCAAGAGUGGACUUUACAAUCAAUCAGCUAUUUCGUUCCAAACUCCAACACUGUUUUUGGUAACAAUGUCUGGCCUGUGAACGGGAGUUGACUAUUGAGUGAAUUUUCUCUCCCCUGCCCAAAUAACAUUGUUAUUACUAUCCUACCUUGAGUAAUCAAGUCAGCACACCGACAGUAGGCCUUUGUGAAUUUCAUCAUGGACAAUCACAGUUUUUCUUUACGCAGUCUUCAUUGCCUGUGUAGGAAUGUAUGUGGGAUGUGAAGAACUAUCCUUCAUGUACCAAUGGUGUGAUCAGACCUUGAGAUAUCCUGAGAAUGUCACUGUUGAUUUGACCAUCCAUCACAACACCAGUCCAUCUAAUUAACUUCAUGGAACUAGUUGUAAGGCCAAUAAAAUGACAUCACUUACUGAAUUAGUGAGAAUUGACCCAGGUCUAAGAGAAACCUGAGUUGAAAAUAACACUUUUUUCUUGAUAAAUUUUGAAUUAUUACCUGAAAAUGUUAACAACAUCUAAUCAAGUAGAGUGCUCUGUCAAAAGAUGACUUGUCUUAAAGUCCCUUUAUGAUUUCUUUUGAUAUUCCUCUCAACAUGUUGUAAAUAAUUACUACCUCAUUUAAUAUCAAAUUCAGAAGAAUCUGACAUGUAUUUGAAAUAUCUGCACAAUUAUUUCUACUCAUUUAAUUCCUUCAGUCUUUUAUACUUCACUGCCUGCAGAAGUAGAAUUUUCUGCUAUUAUUCCAUUGAAGCUCAUAGUCAUUAAUUCAAAUGGGACAGCAACAGGAUCUGAACAUCAAGAAAUCAGCAAUAUGUCAAUCUCACCAACAGAAAGUGUUAACCGCUAAAUCUAAUUCACCAGAUCAGUGUCAUAUUUCUUGUUUAUUCCAUAACAAUAGAAAUGCAAAAAUUCCUACUGACAAAGUCAUUGCAAAAUGCCCAGAAUCAUAGUAAUGGUAUGCAGUAAGAAAAUUUAAAUUGUAAAUUUAUAAAAGAACAUUAAUAAUAACAUACAUUUAAAAUGCUAUAAAUUAGAAAGAUGAAACUAUCAAAUAUUUCAUCGCUGGUAAGAUUUGUGUUAAAUGUAUGCACAGUGUCAACAGUAAACCAUGAGAUACAAUGUUCUGCUAAUGCUUUUUCUCCAAAUGAGAUAUCCAUUCUGGAAAUUUCCACAUGUCAUUGUUGUAGCAUGGAUGAAAUCACUGGAGAGAUAGAGUCACUGGUAGAUACAAAGCAGCUUCUUCAUUUGACACAACAAGGUACAGCAGGCAUCUUACAGACAGAGACGCUUUCGGUAGAAAGGUCUGCCAGCCCAAUGUGGGCUUGAUAUUUAUAUGCUAAACACAAAAGGCAAUCACUACUCACAAAGUUAUAGAUAAUGCUUCCUUUUGAAGCUACAUACAAAACAUCACACCUUCUGACUUCAUCCUUUCCUCCUGACGCCAACAUUUGGUACUCACAGCCUUUAGGAAUGCAAGUUAAAUCCACAAUAUAUUUAUUUGGUACUUUACGUGCUAACAUAGAGGACAAUUCAUAUUUAUAAAUUAUUGAUAAAACUGUCUUCAAAACUACAGCAUCUGGUCAAACUACGGCGUCAGCAGCGUCUGGUAUUCACAGCUUUUAGGAAAUGCAUUGUUAUGAACUCAAUCCACGGUACUUUGACAAACAGAAGACCGGUGGUCAAAGUCAUUUAAGUGUAAAUGAAUAAUCUACCUAAGAACUCACUCUAACAGUCAUGACCUGGUUAGGAUUUCAUUCAAUAGCCUUCUGUAGAAGCAGUGUGUUCUGCUGGCAGUGUUUGGGUUACCAUUAAAGAUAAGGGGCUGUGAUGUUCAUGCUUAGGAAUGUCAUGUCAUCCAACCAGGAUGGUGGAAUUGGGAGAAGGUUCAAGAGAAUACUGGGUGGAAAGGUUUUGUGAUGGACACUGAGGUGGGUCAAGGUCUUUAUUCGGCAGGAGAAUGGAGAGAGAAGAAGCUUGAGAGAACCAUCCGUAAGAUUCGAUCCGAUGGGAAUGUGUGAUGUCAUGAGUCAAAGAGGGGAAAACCCACUGGUGAUCUAUGAAUAGGAGUUGGCAUCAUGAGUGCAUCAGACACAUCAGCAUUUGGAAGACUUGAGCUCCAACCCGUGCACAUUUGACUGUUUUAAUUAUG